ACUUAAGAUAAUUGUUUAAUCUUAGUUAGCAUUGAUGUCAAUCACAUGAAAAAAAAAAGUAGUCCGUGAAGUGUUUAGCCUAAUAAGUGUGACAUAAAUUUAGAUAAAACAUUAUUUGAACAGUUGUAGGGCAACCCGAAUUUUGUGAUAAACAGCAUUUGCCAAAAGUUGACUAUAAAAGGGGCAAGCGUCGCUUCAGUUAGCAUAGAAAUUAACUAACCAAUUAACUUAAUCAACAUGAUUUGCAACAAAUUCCUUAUCAUGAGCAUUGCUCUGUUUGCUUUGGUCCUUGUGGCUUCUGCCGAGGACAGCGGAGAACAGAUCGCUGAUCGUCGUUUCCGCUGGAUUGGAUCCAACGAACAGGAGGAGGAGCAGGACGCCGGUGAUGAAAAUGAUAUUGAAGAGGAAGACGAUGCGGAAGAAGAAGAGGAGCCAGUAGAAGACGCAGAUAGCCUAGAGGCAACAGAAGAAGACCAAGAGGAAGACGAAGACGCAGAGCAACUCGAUAGCGAAAGCGCAGAGGACAAUGCUUAAAUCAAAAUACAUCAAGAAAUAUUAAUUAAUUUUCAUUAACUGUUAAAACUAUUUAAAUAUUGUUUAACUUAAUCACAGUUUUUG